GCUUACGAUUUCGGCCGCCGAGCAGCAGUUUGUGCUGGACCGCGCAUCGUGCUACUAACGCCCUCAAGGAACAAACAGUGCAAGCAAAGUGAGUGUGUACCAAAAAAGUUGCAGUAGUUUUCCCAUUGGUGCUGCAUUUUAAGGUGAAUACAUUUUCUACGGUUUUUAUGAGCUUUGGUUCGCUCCAAUCCUGACGGUUAGCCACAAUGACGGCCCCAACGGCGGAAGUGAUGAUCAAGAUGGAAGGGACCGAAAUCCAGUCCUAUCUGGAGUCGUUCAACAAAGAAAUUGGAGAAGGUGAGAACGAUGCCGAGCUGCAGGAAGGCGAAGAAGAAGAAGACGAGGACGAAGAGGAUGGAGGAUGCUAUUUUGUGGACCAGAGUGGCAACUACUAUUAUCAGGCGAGUAAGGAUUCGGAGCCGGUACUGACUACGGCUCCUCCGGAUGCGGAAAUCGAAGAAGAAGAUGAAGAAGAGGAAAUCACAGAAGAAAUAAGCAUAGAUCAACCUGCCAAACAAGAGUCCAAGGACAUCAGCUAUGUGUUGAUCAUGCAAGGUGACGAAAACAAGGAACGAAAUGAAGGCGAGGAAGAAGACGAUGAGGACGAACUAGAGGAAAAUGUUUAUGAGUUUGAGGACAUUGAGUUGACGGAAAUGGAAAUGAAACCGAGCGGGAGCAAACAAAAUAGAGCUAAAACACAAUCCACGGGUGGGAUAAAUCACAUGUGCAACUAUUGCAACUACACAACCAACAAACGGUUCUUGUUGGCCCGUCACAUGAAGUCUCACUCGGAAGAUAGGCCCCACAAGUGUUCCGUUUGCGAACGUGGCUUCAAAACCCUUGCUUCUCUGCAAAAUCACGUGAACACCCACACUGGAACGAAACCACACCACUGCAAGCACUGUGAAAGCUCCUUUACCACUUCCGGUGAACUGGUGCGUCACGUGCGCUAUCGACACACACACGAAAAGCCACACAAAUGCCCAGAAUGUGAUUACGCAAGCGUGGAACUGAGCAAGCUGAAACGCCACAUCCGCUGCCAUACCGGGGAACGUCCAUAUCAAUGUCCACACUGCACCUACGCCUCGCCCGACACCUUCAAACUGAAGAGACAUCUGCGAAUCCACACCGGGGAGAAACCUUACGAAUGUGACGUCUGCCAUGCUCGAUUUACCCAAUCCAACUCGUUGAAGGCUCACAAGUUGAUCCAUCAAGUCGGCGACAAACCGGUGUUCCACUGCGAACUUUGUCCGACCACCUGUGGUCGCAAAACGGAUCUGCGAAUCCACGUCCAGAAACUGCACACUCCCGUGGAUAAGCCUCUCAAAUGUCGCCGGUGCAACAAGACCUAUCAGGACCGUUACACCUACAAGAUGCACACCAAAACGCACGAGGGCGAAAAGUGCUACAAAUGUGAUCUCUGUCCGUACGCUUCGAUUUCGGCGCGCCAUCUGGAGUCGCACAUACUGGUGCACACGGAUCAGAAACCCUUCCAGUGUGAAAUGUGCGAGCAAUCCUUCCGGCAGAAGCAACUGCUCCGACGACAUGUCAAUCUCUACCACAAUCCGGAUUAUGUUCAACCGGCGCCAAAAACCAAGACACACAAAUGUCCCAGUUGUCCACGUGCAUUCCGCCACAAGGGUAAUCUAAUUCGGCACAUGGCGCUGCACGAUCCGGAAUCGUCGGCACGGGAAGAACAGAUUGCGCUCAAGGAGGGUCGCCAAAAGCGUGUAAACGUUACCUUGGAGGAGAUUGACGAAGAAGACGAAGAAGAGGACACAGACGAGGACUCGGAAGAUCAGGAAAUAAUGACGGUCGAGGGCGAAGAUGGUCAAUACGUGGUAUUGGAAGUCAUCCAACUGCAAGAUGAUGAAGACCAAAAACCAUUGAGUAAGAAUAAAAAAAAUGUCAACAAGGAUGUAGCGGAAUCCGAUGAAGAAAAGGAUGCUCUAGCGGAUACUAAUGAAGAGUUUAUUAUGAACGAAGAUUUGACCAGUGACAUCCUCAUGUCUACAAUUCGAUCACCCCCUGCGAAGAAAGCGCGGUACGGAGGGCUUAAUAGCACGACCGUAUCUCAAGGGAACAACAUUGAGAAAGAUAUGACCAAUUGUUUUGGGUUUGAUGAUGACGACGACGAUGACCCAGAAGGUAAAUCGACCAUUACCUUGCUCAACUAGGGCGUGUAUGGUUUGGAUCUGCUUGGAUGAACGACAAAAGUGAUAGCAGGCAAACGUUUGAAAAAAUCAACCCUUAAAAGUAGAAAUCGAACACAGCGACUUUUAGGGCAGAAAUUACCAGUCUAUUGUUUAGAUUAUUUUGCAUGGAUUUCGGACAUCCCUAGUCAGGAUAACUUUUAGUUCGUUGUGAAAUGUUAAGUGCUUAAGUAUUGUAGGUAAGUUAGAUGCUAGAAACUCGAAAAUGGAACAUGUGUGAGUACUGCAAAGAUUUGUAAAAAGUUUGUUUAAGGAAUAGCAGUACAACCAAACCAAGUAACACGCUUAUAAUUAUUAUUUUUUAUAUGCAUAACUGUCAAGGUUCAAUUUAAACGAAAUAAAUACAGUAAAAUCA